AUGGGUCGGAAGCACACCUCAUUAGUGCUCCUAGUGCCUGGUGUCAUCACAAUAGCCCACGUCAUCCUCUUCGUCUGGAAAUGCGACUGUAUCGUCUACAAAAUUCCCGAAUACAUCUGGGACUCGGAUUUGACGAUGGACUCGCCAAAGAUGAUCUACUACCUCUACGCCGAAGUGAUAAAGAUUUUCUGCCUGGCUCUGCUGAUUGCCACCGACAUUGCUUUGCUGGUUAAAUUAUACCGGCAUGGUCUUUACAAAGGGCUGAAAUACACGAGAAGCCAGGCGACGACUGAGCAGCCUUUAACGUUCAACGAGCAAAGCGCCAGUACGAGUGGUACAAUGGAGAACAGUCGGCGUCGAAGAAAGCUACGCAUUGACGCAAGACUCGCUCUCGGCUUCACCUACCUUUGCGUCACUUUUGUCAGCUCUUCAGUACGCUAUGUACUCAAGGACGACAUGAACCCCGUGCUCUCCCGCCUCUUCUACCAUAUGGUCGGCAUUUUGGACUUGACCAAGUGCCCAAUGUAUAUUUUAAUCGUCACAAAGCGG